UCCAUUAAUAAAAGUCAGUGAGUUGCUCAACAUGAACAUGAACAGACAUGAACGUCAGGUUUCUGAACUGCUCAUGAAGCUGUAAUAGCUGUGAUUCAUUAGAGGCAUGUGCAUGUAUUCCACACACAUGCUCUUGACCAGAAAGCCUAUUAAAUGAGAAAAGGUGGAGCGAUGAGAGAAAGAGGGAGAGAGGGGGACGGGGUUAGGAAGAAAAAGGAGGUGAUUGUUUGGGGAGUUAGAGAGAGUGUUGCUGUUGCAAGGGAAUGAGAGCAAAGGAAAGAGCAUACCAGAGAAAUAUUUUAAGAUUGUUAGAUAAUACUUCCUGGACUAUCGAUUAAAUAGCAGGAGUCAUGUUGGGGUGUGGAUGUCCUGUCAUCCUUCUCCUCCUCAUCAAAUUUCUGGACCUCUCCUUUGUGUCAUCAGCAUCAUCAUCAUCUCCGAAUGCCACUCGACCCCGUUCCCCCCCCUCGAUUGAUUACUAUGAGGACUUCACCAUUGAGCCUCCAGGCCCAUCCACCACUUACUCCGAAGGGUCAAAAAACAAUUGCAAAUAUGACCUGUGUGUGGAGCAUCAGCAAACCUGCAAGGAGCUUGAAAAAGCCACAGGCUGCCGCUGCCCGGGGUUGAGCAGUGCUUACACUCCCCCAAGUCCACCGCGCCUCUUGGGACUGAUUCAACAGGAUGGCAGAGGGGUUGUGGUGCACUGGUGUGCUCCCACCUCCGUUGUCACCCACUACAUUGUCUGGGUGAGAGGGAAUGGAAAAGUGAUGGAUAGGAAUAUACAGGUGGAGGAAAGAAAGAGGACGGCAGUAUUGGAGGACGUUGAGGCUGGUGCGUAUGUAUGUGUAGAAGCGGUAAAUAAAGGAGGCGGCAGUGAAAAGGAUAAGUCGUGUGCCACAUUUGAACCACAAAAUUCAGAAUCUGGACUUGCGCUGAAGCUGGGCAUUAUUGGGGGUGUGGUGGGACUCAUACUGCUGUUGAUUCUGGCCCUGCUACUGUGGAGACACAAAACACGGCAGAUAACCACUGCACGGACUGAGACUGAGGGAGUUCUGUAACGUGUGUGUGAGUGUGUGUGUGUGUGUGUGUGUGUGUGUGUGGCCAAAAAAAUGCACUUGAUAUGAAUCGUGGGAUUAAAUGAAUGACUGUGGACUACUGUGGGCAUGCUGGAUAGAGAGAGUGUAUGGAUGACAGUGAAAAUGAACAGAUUAAGAGGCGCAGGGAAGGGGGAUGACUCCGCACAUUCUUCUCAUUUGCUCGUCAGUGUCUAACAGUGUGAUUUAGGACAGAUACAUAUUGCAUACUGCUGGUGUGCUGACCAGCUGUGAUCAGGAUUUGAUUGGAUCAAAUGAUUUAUACACAUUUUAGGUCAUUUUGUUAAGAUAGAGAUUGCUAAGAAAAUCUAUGGAUAUAUGUGUAAAUAUGGAUUUUACAAGAUUGAAGACUUUUGUAUUUUUUGCUAGUUUUAUUUCCUGGUAAAACAAAAUGUUACCGUACCAUACCACAGUGGUUCUCAACUCACAUUCUCAAGCACAUUUUGAAUGUCUCCCUUA